CCUGAUGUUUUCUAUACUGUCGAUGUUCUUUGUCACCGCUAUAUCUAGCGUACUUAGUGUCAUUCCACUAAAUGGGAAGAAUGUUGGUUCCUCUGUAUAGUGAAUAACCGUAUCAUUAUUAUCCGCAUAAUUAUUUAGGUUUCUCCCAAUCGAGUUACUCUGUGUGCAAUUUGAGUCCCAUAGUUCGUGCCUGCAGUUAAAUAUUAAAACCUAUUAAGCACAUCUCGAAAUAAACGAAAUAAAGGUAAUUAUUUAUUAUGCAAUGUAGAAACUGAUAGUACAGAACAACAAACACCUUUUCACAUACAAAUUUUUUGAAUGGAAAAUAUAUGUAAUUAACAAACGGAUAAAUCCAAUUUAUAAUAAAAAAGAUAGCUAAACAUAUUUAUUUAUAUAAAGGGUUAUUAAAUUGUUUUUAAAUUCCUCGCAGACGUUAAAUUUUAACUAAAAAAUGAAUUUUAAAAUCAUAAGUUCCAUUUUUGUUUUCAUGUGUGGAAAUGUAAAAAUAAUUUCUGCACAGUCGGAUAUAGAAAAUUUAUUGAGUCUGAUUUCUGAAGGUGCCCAAAGAAGCGCUACAUAUGUAUUACCAACGGAUGCAAGUGCCCAUGAAGCUCCCGCAGAACCAAUAAUAGAUUAUGAAGAAGAAUACGAUUUUGUCGUCAUUGGGGCUGGCGUUACUGGUUCUUCUAUAGCAAAUAGACUAUCCGAAAUUGAAAAAUGGAAAGUUUUGCUAAUCGAAGCUGGAACUUUUUCUGAUACUGGAUUAGUCAGAAUACCCGCAAUGAAUGCAUUGAAUGUAUUCUCGGAUUACAAUUGGGGUUUUAAAACCGUACCACAAACCACGGCGUGUCUCUGUACUAACGAUCACACAUGCCCUGUGCCUCGAGGAAAAGGUGUAGGUGGUACGAGCUUAAUUAAUUCAUUGCACUACGUUAGAGCUAAUCCAGAAAAUUUCAAUUUAUGGGGUAAAAUUGUCCACGAUUCAAGUUGGUUGUUUACCAAUGUCUACAAAUAUUUCAAAAAAUCUGAAAAUUUCACACGGACAAAUUUUGAAGCUCCCGCAGAUUUGAAGUACCAUGGUACUGAAGGUCUUCUGCAUGUUCAACAUAAAUUACCUGGUCAUCCCUUAAAUAACGUGUUCUUACUAGCAAACCAACAAUUAGGAUACGUGAUGUCAGAUUAUAACAGUGACAGACGAAUAGGCGGUUCUAUUUUACAACUGAACAUCAAUAAUGGUAAAAGGGAUGAUGUAGGUACAGCUUAUAUCACUCCAUUUUUAAACAGAUCUAAUUUAAAGGUGCUUACCCAAAGUUAUGUUACUAAAAUUGAAAUUGAUAUAACAACUAAAACAGCCAAAAGCGUACUAUUCACAAACGGAGGUAGUACUUACAGAGUACGAGCAACAAUUGAGAUUAUACUAUCAGCGGGUGCUAUUUCUAGUCCUCAAAUUUUAAUGUUAUCAGGUAUAGGUCCAAAAGAACAUCUAAAAGAUAUGAAAAUUGAUUUAAUAGAAGAUUUACAAGUAGGUAGUCAUUUGAAAGAUCACGCUUUAGGCAAUCCUUUCUUGUUUUCAUCAAACCUAACAAUACCUGUGGAAUCAUUAGUACAACAAAUCGCAGAUUACCUUGAAGGCUUUGGACCUCUCACUUCAUCGGGUACUCAGGCUCAAGCCAUAGGUUUUUACAACGUUAACUGUAAAAACUCUAAUGUACCUAAUAUCGCAAUCUUUUUAGAUGCCAGUGAAGUAACAGUACAAGAAAAAAGAUUUCAAAAUUUUAAUGAUGAAUGUUUUGAAUCUUUUACAAAGAAUCCAAUAGCUAAUAGUGUUAGGUUCAUUUUUCUAUUAUUAAAUACAACAUCUUCCGGUACCAUUAGGUUGAAGAGCAAGAAUCCUUUUGACUAUCCAUUGAUAGAUCCAAGGCUUUUAUCUGAUUCUGGUGAUGAGGAUAUAAGGACAAUGUACUUGGGUGUUAAACAGAUUUUCAGAAUAGCAGAGACUCUGUCUUUUAAAAACAUUAAUCUGACAUUUGCUGGUGAACCAUUACCAGCUUGUACAGACUUUAAAUUUAAAUCUAAACAAUAUUGGUACUGCUAUCUAAGACAUGUUGUCCAAACAGCAUAUCACCCUAUGUGCACGUGUCCAAUGGGUAUUAAUAAAUCUACUGAAAGCGUUGUAGAUUCAAAUCUUAAAGUGUUUGGAGUUCAAAACUUGAGAGUGGCUGAUGCUAGUGUUUUUCCAACCGCCAUUGCAGGCUACCCUUCUAUGAACUGUUUAAUGAUAGGAGAAAAAAUUAGUGACGUCAUUAAAAAGGAAUAUUCUUGAGUAAACGUGAAAGGUUAUUUCAUAAUAAAAUUAUUGUUUGUAGAUAGGUUACCAGAAAGCUUCAUG